UGGAGGAGUUCAAGCGCGGGCAGCGGUAUGCCAACUGGCGCACCAACGAGGAUGCCACUGAGCCCGGGCAGGGCGGCACUCUGCUAUCCUCAACGCCCUAUUACCACGAGCAGCACGGGGAGGGCCUCUUCACGCACAGCCUCUUCCGCCUCGGCAACCGCCUCCCCGACUGGGUGAACCGGCUGGUGCCGCCAUCGGCUCUGGUGGUGGAUGAGAAGAGCUGGAUCAACUACCCAUACUUCCGCACCAUCAUCACCAUCCCCUUCUUUAGCAAGCUCCGAAUGGAGAUCGAGACCAUUCACCUGCAGGACGACGGCUCGCACCGCAACGCCUUGGGGUUGUCGGCAGCUGAGCUGGCGCUGCGGCGCGUGGACUGGAUGGACAUCGGCAGUGAGCCCGUGUCUAGAAGAGACUACAAAGCUGAGCUGGACCCCCUAUUGGUCCGCUCCAAGCUCACAGGUCGCGGCCCCCUAACCCCGGGGUGGCAGAAGAGGGAGCGGCCGCUCAUGUGUGCAUACAAGGUGGUGCGGGCCCAGGCGGAGUACUGGGGUGUGCAGAACAGUGCAGAGCGGUUGCUCAUCAACUCGCUCAGGCAGAUCUUCCUGCUAGCGCACAAGAACUGCUUCGGCCUCUUAGAUCAAUGGUACUCGCUCUCGCUCGAACAGAUUAUUGCAAUCACUGACAAGAACAAGCCUCAGGUCCCCGUCCCAAAGCCCCUCCCUCCUCCCGAACCUGCUGCCGAGCCUGUUCCAAGAUCUGCCGCCGAACCUGAAGCUCGUAGCAAGAGGGAGGGGAUCGCAGCAGGCGGUGUGGAAGAGGGGAGGGAGGGGAGGAGGGAUGGGCUUCUGACGAGAGGGAGUGAGAGUGAGGGAGGUGAGGAAGGGGAGGAGACGGAGGAGGAAUCAGAGGAGGAGGAUGAGGAGUGGGAUGAUGAAGUGGAGUUCUACGAAGCACAGAUGCAGUGGGCGGCAGAGGAAGAGCUCUUUGGAGAGAAGAUGCUUUCAGAUCUGGGCCAUCCGCUCUCCCUCUGCUUGGAGCAGCCUCCGCCCCUGUGCCCCCUCUGCUGUGCGCGCACGCAGCACCAGGGCGCACAGCAGGGCGGGCAGGCCGAGGGGAGAGAGAGGUCGGUAGAAGCUGGCAGGGCAGUGCAAGAGUCUGCACCGGCUGUGUUCUGUGUGUCGUGUGGCGAGUUCUUCUGCCACCGCUGCUUUCACGAGUUCCACAUCACGCCUCGCUUGCAGCAGCAUGCCACACACCCCAUCGCUUCUUCCCACACGAUUCCUCCUGCCGCCCAUGCUGACGCACAGAAUGGCUACUCCUCUCCACUCAAUCAGAACCUGCCACCGGAGGAGAGGAGGGACGAGAGGGAGAGGAGGGGGGAGGAGAGGGAGAGGAGAGGGGAGGAGAGGAGGAGCAAGGAGGGGAGGGGGAAGGGCGGCCUGCUAGGGAGAGAUGGGGGUCGCAGGGGGAGCUGGCGUAUGGGGGAGGGGGAGAAGGGGGAAGAGGGUUUGUCGGAGGAGGGGGGAAGGGGAGCAGGGUUGUGGGGGGGGGGAGGGGUUGAGAGGGGGGAUGGGAGGAGAGCAAGUGGGAGGUGGGUCGCAGGUAAGCGCAGCAGCGCUGCCUUGAACAGCAGAGAUUCUCAGGUGGAUUUCCAGGUGGAAAAUCAGGUGGUUGCAGCAGAGGCCGCAGAGGGCAGGGACGUGCAGAAUCGGAGCUCAUUCAACUUGUGGUUACAUGGUAACCCUGAUAAGCUUCUGGAAGCGGAUACUCCUCUUGCUGCAGCUGCUACUGCUGGUGCUGCUGCUUCUGCUGCUUCUGUUGCUGCUGCUGCUUCUGCUGCUGCUGCUGCUUCUGCUGCUGCUGCAGCGGCUCCUGCUGAUGCUGGUUGUGCUGCUGAAUCUGCUGCCGCUGCUGCUCCCAACGAUUCCAACAUUCCCAGCACUCGACGUGCUGCCUAUGCCAGUGAUCCCAGUGCGUGUGCCUCUGCCAGCGGAAGUGCACAGGGGGCGAGCCCCAUUUGGGAAGGGCAGGCCGGCAUGCAGGAGGGGUCAAGUGGAAGGCCAGUGAGGGAGCGGCUAAGGGAGGAGUACGAGGGGCAAGCAGUGGAGCUCUCAGUGGCUCUCGUUGGUGGUAUCCUCGCCAUCUAUAAGGCCGCUGCUAACGCUGAUGCUAAUGCUAAUGCUGCUUCUGCUACUGAUGCUGCUGCUGCUGCACCCUCCGCCGCCUUGCACGGAAUCCCAUCCCCCACACUGACCUCCUCGCUAUCCUCACCAUCGCUCGCAUCGCUGGGUUCCGGAGCAUCUCAGCCGUCCGUCUCUGCCCGGCACUCUGACUCCGCCCUGGCUCACAUUGACCCUCCCACCCCUCUCUCCACCUCUCACCCUCCCUUGCCUUCUUCCAACAUAUCCUCUCAGCAGCCGCAGCGGCAGCAGCAGCAGCAGCAGCCAGGCACCCCGUUUGAACGCUCACGCGCCUUCUCCUGGAUGGGUCCUAGAGUCUUCUCCCGCUCCGCCACCUCCCCCGCCCUCUCCCACACUCACUCACACACCACUGCUGCCCCACACUCGCCCGCUGCUUCUCUCACCUCCACUCUCUCUGCUGCCGCUACCAAUUCCCCCUGGUCCUCUGCUGCCAGUCUUCCUGGCAGCAUUGCAAGCUCAGCAGCGGCUGUUGCUGGCGUUGCUCCUGAUUUGCCUGAAGAUGAUGUGUGUGAUGGUGACUCAGCACCUGGGGUUGCUGAUGUGACUGUAACAAAUGGGGAAAAUGUGACUGUAACAAAUGGGGAAAAUGUGACUGUAACGGAUGUGCAAGUGGUUCUGGACUAUCUGGCAUCGGAAGCAGGCACAGCUCAUCGACAUGAGCUCCAACGGUUCAGGAUCCUAUCAGAGCUGUUGGCAGACGUGCAGCCACAGCAGCUGGGGCACUCGGAGCGACUGGCCUUCUGGAUCAACGUGUACAACGCACUAGCCAUGCAUGCGUACCUGGUGUAUGGCCAGCCACGCAGCCACUACAAGCGAGUCAUGUUCAUGCACAAGUCGGCCUACAUCAUUGCUGGCCUGCCCUUCUCCAUCCUCGCUAUAGAGCACUGCAUUUUAAAAGCUGCGUCCUUCCAACCAGCACUGGCGGGUCUGCUGCCAGUGCAGCGCUACAGGCGGGGGGACGUGCGCUACAGCCUGGCUCUGGACCGGCCCGAGCCUCUCGUCACUUUUGCUCUCAGCUGUGGCUGCGCCUCCGCUCCCCUUGUAAGCCUCGCCUCCCUCUGGCCCUCCUCACUCUCACCCCCCCUCUCCAAUUCCCUCCCUCCUCUCCCCUUUUUACAUGUGCUGAAUCGGACGAAACUCGCUUCACCUUACGGCCGCGAUUCCGUGCAACCACACGAUGAACGGACUUCCCGCGUGCGCGCAGCAGCCUCUGCGGGCAGCGCGGCGGCGGAUUCAGCGGAGGCGGAAGAGAGCACAGUGGCGGAAGACAUGAAGCAGCGGAGAGGCCUCCGCGGCAAGACCGAGGCUGACGUCAUCGUCAUCGGUUCCGGGAUCGGCGGGCUCUGCUGCGGCAGCCUCCUCGCGCGCUACGGCCGCGACACGCUGGUCCUCGAAAGCCACUACCUCCCGGGCGGCGCGGCGCACGGAUUCACGCGAAACGGCUUUUCAUUCGACACGGGCCCGUCGCUGUUCUCGGGAUUGUCGUCGCGCGGCCCGCAGGCGAACCCGCUCGCGCAGGUUCUCGACGCGUUAGGAGAGACGGUGCCGUGCGCGGCGUACGACAGCUGGAUGUGCUACCUGCCUGAAGGGGACUUCCUCUCCCGCAUCGGCCCAUCUCACUUCAUUGAGGUGCUGCAGCAGCGAGUAGGGGAGAGCGCCGUGCAGGACUGGCGAAAGCUUAUGUCAGUGGUGGAGCCUCUAGCCGGGCCCUCCAUGGCCCUCCCCCCAGCCGCUCUCCGUGCCGACCCUGCCGUGCUGCUCACUGCAGGGCUGAGGUACGGCCCGAGCCUGCUCCGCACGUUCGGCAGCGCCGGGCCUGCAGCCGCCCUCAACGCGUCGAAGCUGAUGAGCCCGUUCUCAUCGCUAGCGGACUCGGUGGGAGUGAAGCACCCCUUCGUGCGCAACUGGAUCGACCUGCUCUCCUUCCUGCUCUCGGGACAGAAGGCCGACGCCACCAUUGCUGCUGAAGUGGUGUACAUGUUUGCAGAGUGGUACAAGCCAGGGAGCGUCAUGGAGUACCCUCUCGGCGGCCCAGAGGCGAUUAUCGAGGCGCUUAUAAGGGGGAUGGAGAAGCACGGCGGGCAGCUCUCCCUGAACUGCCACGUGGACAGCAUAGUGGUGGAGGGCGGCCGGGCAGUCGGUGUAAAACUUAAAUCCGGGCAGAUUGUUCGUGCCCGGACAGCCGUGGUGAGUAAUGCAUCGGUGUGGGAUACCAUGCGACUGCUGCCACCUGGGAGUGUACCUGCGGAGUAUCGGAAAGAGAGGGAGGCUACACCUGAGUGUGACUCAUUCAUGCACCUGCACUUGGGGAUAAAGAAGGAGAAUCUUCCUGCUGACCUGGAGAUCCAUCACAUCGUGGUCAAUGAUUGGUCCGUGGGCGUCGACGCUCCUCAAAACGUGGUCCUCAUCUCCAUCCCGACCGUUCUCGACGCCUCGCUGUCGCCACCUGGCACCGUCUCAUUGCACGCGUACACUCCGGGGACCGAGCCCGCUUCGCUGUGGCAAGGCCUGGAUAGGCGAUCGGCUGAAUACAAGAAGCUUAAGGAGGAGAGGGCCGAGGUGAUGUGGAAAGCAGUGGAAAGGGUACUUGGCCCGGAAGACGGCGAAGCGGAUUACAUGCGGUAUCUAGACUCGGAGCAAGCAGUCAUGGAUUACGACAUGUGCGACGAAGACAGCGACGAAUGCGACGCGUGCGACUAUACCGAUGACAGCAGCGACGCGGACAGUCAAGACGGCUCACAGGGAGAUUGGGACUGGGACGCGACGCCUCGGCGGGACAGGACGGCCGACGCGCGGCAAUAUCAAGGAGAAGACGACUCGGACGAGGACAACGACAUGCUGGACGGCGCGGCGGACGUGAGCGCACAACAGGCGGCGCGGGGGCGGGACAUUCAGGGCAUCCCGUGGGAGCGGCUGCACUUCACGCGCGCCAAGUACCGCGCCAUGCGCCUGCAGCAGUACAAGAACUACAAGAACCUCGACGUCCCAUUGGACGCUGUCGAUAAGGAAGUGAAGCAGGUCAGCACAGACGCGGAGUUCUUCAGUUUCGCCUACAACACGCGCGCCGUCAAGUCCACCAUCGUGCACUUCCAGCUGCGCAACCUAGUGUGGGCGACGUCGAAGCAUGACGUGUACACGAUGCACGGGCACACCAUCGGCCACUACUCCGCGCUCUCCCGCCGCUCCGUUGACUUCCUUGACCUCAGCGGACCCGUCGUGCCCAUCUCCCAUCUACAGCGCGCCCCCUGGCUGUACCACCAGCGCGCCACCACUGCCACACUGCGCCCAGGCGGACCCAGGCUCUAUGGGGGCGGUGGGACAGGGGGAACGGGCGGAGCAGGUGGGGGAGUAGCCACUGGCGCGGGGGGAGCAGCAGGGCCGGGGAGAGGGGAUGGAGGGGGAGGGGCGGCGGCAGGGGGGAAUGGGGCGGAUGAUGGGACGUGGGAACCAGUGGGUCGGGUGCAGGUGAGCACGCUGUGUGUGCGCAACGGGCUGGUGGCAGCGGGGGGCUUCAACGGCGAGAUGGUGUGCAAGCGGCUGGACAGCGGCGCAGAGGGCGGCGUGUCGUAUGCUGGGCGGAUAACACGCGAUGAGAGCGCCAUCACCAAUGCCGUAGAGAUCUUUGAAUCCGCCAGCGGAGCAGUGCGAGUGUUGACGUCCAACAACGACUGCCUCGUGAGGGAGUUUGAUGCUGACUCGUUUGCCAUCAUCGCCCGCCACCACCUGCCAUGGCCCAUCAAUCACACGUCAGUAUCCCCGAACGGCAAGCUGGUGGUUGUGGUGGGGGAUGAUCCAGACGCCUUCCUCAUGGACGCCACGUCUGGCCGGGUGGUGGCGCCUCUGAGCGGCCAUGUGGACUACUCCUUUGCAUCGGCGUGGCACCCCAACGGCCUCACAUUCGCCACGGGCAAUCAGGACACCACCUGCCGUGUCUGGGACCUGCGCUGCCUCUCCCGCUCCCUUGCCACGCUCAAAGGCCGCAUGGGCGCGAUCCGGUCCGUCCGUUUCUCAUCCGACGGCCGGUUUUUGGCCGUAGCAGAACCGGCGGAUUUUGUGCAUGUGUAUGAUGUGAAAGGGGAGUAUGAGAGGAGCCAGGAGAUCGAUCUGUUUGGGGAGAUUGCGGGGGUGUCGUUCUCUCCGGAUUCGGAGGCGCUGUUUGUGGGUGUGGCGGAUCGCACUGAUUUUGCAUUCCUGCUGCUGCCUCUGCCCGCCUGCCCGCCCCCCUCCACCAGCCGCACGUUCCGCGCGUUUGAACGGUGGAUGCGCGACGAGGCCAAGAUCCAAUGGUCAGAAAAGCUCGUUUUCCUCCUCACCUGCCCUCCCCCUCCCCCGCGCAACCUCCGCCACGGCGCACGCGCCCGUCACUCCCGCGCCUCUCCUUCCGUCUCCCCCGGUCCCUCCGCCUGCCCCCCGCCUGGUCCGCUCCCCGUGGGGGUGUUUGCACGCGCGCCCCUCCCCCUUGGCGCAUCCGUUGCGACCAUCCCCAAGUCCGCCUGCCUGACUCCGCGCACCUCCCGAAUUGCGCCCUACCUCUCCGCCUCCCCGUUCUUUCAAGCAGAGGGGGAGGCGGAAGGGGAAGGGGAAGGGUCAGAGGCGGGGCAAGGGGAGGCGGAUGAGGAUGGGGAGGGGGAGGAAGAGGAGGGGGGAUCAGGGGGCGGAAGGGUGGGUGGGGAGGGCCAGGGGGAGUUGAGCAGUGCAGCGUUGGUGGCAGCAGUGCUCUUUGAGAGGGCUCUGGGGGCGAGAUCCCGGUGGGCGGCGUAUUUUGGACAGAUGCCGGAGAGAGAAGACGUGCCGGCCGUCCCCGGUGACCUAGCAGGCAUGCGAGGGGAGUGGAAGCACCAGAUUCUGCCCUUCCUCCUCUCCCUGCCGCCCCACUUCCUCCACCUCGUCCCACCAAACCUGCCAAAUGGCCCCAAUAGUCAACACCCACACGAGAAGACGCUACCAGAGCCGCUGACGUCAACCAAUCAGCAGCUGCCAGAUCAGCUGUCAUGGGACGCCUACCUGGUGGUCAAGUCGCUCAUCUCCUCGCGAGCCUUCGCCAUCGACAGCUGGCAUGGGCACGGCAUGGUGCCCCUGGCUGACCUGUUCAACCAUCGCACAGCAAGCGAGUCAGUGCACUUCACAAUCAACGACGAGGAGAGUGAUGCUGAGGGCAGUGAUGCUGAGGGCAGUGAUGCUGAGGGCAGUGAUGCUGAGGGCAGUGAUGCUGAGGGCAGUGAUGCUGAGGGCAGUGAUGCUGAGGGCAGUGAUGCUGAGGGCAGUGAUGCUGAGGGCAGUGAUGCUGAGGGCAGUGAUACUGAGGGCAGUGACCCAGACCAUGAGGAGGAGGAUGGUGAGAUCCGAAGCGAGAAGAGGAAGGAUGGAGACAAGGAGACGAACGGGGAGAGAGGGAGCGGGAAACACGAGAGGGAGGAUAGUUCACCUGAGAAGGAAGGCCAAAGGGAGAAGCCAAGCGAGCAGCUGGAAAUGAUCAUGGUGCGGGAGGAGGGACCUGGGGACGAGGUAUUUAACACCUACGGCCAGCUCAGCACCGCAGCUCUUCUGCUCCGGUACGGCUUCACCGAGCCUCUCAGCUUCGGUGGCGCCGGACCUAAGGGUGGGGAGGAGGAGCUGCCAGUCAGGCUCGGCAAGGGUGUACCAUGGGGUGGAGAAGAGGAGCAGUUGGAGUGUAUAUGCAAUCUACAGUACAACCCAUUUGAUCUGGUUAAUGUGGACCUGAACGUAAUUAUAAAGGGGCUCAGUCUUGACCAAUCACAGGCCAGUAGGAGAGGAGGGAGAGCAAGCCAAGGAGAGCGUUUCGCAAAAACAGGGCGAGAAUCCAGCCAAUCACAUCGCAGGGGUUCAGGAACUUCCCGGGCGGCAAAGAUUGCUCGUGACGAUCCUACCUGCCCUUCCACUUGCUCCUCCCGGCGUUUGCGGUGGGCUGUGAAGUUGUUAGAGAGGGCUGGGUGCCCCCCGUUAGAGUCACAAGGGGAGAGAUAUUUCGAAAUAUCUGCUGACGGGCGGCCGCAGCUGGAGCUGCUGCUGCUGCUGAGGUUGGCGGGGUUGGGUGACGUGGCAGCUGCCAGGGUGGACGCCAGCGUGGCAGAGAGGGAGGCUGACGUGGAUUGGGCCGAGAUGGGGGCUGCUGAGCUGGCAGGGAUGGUGGAGGAGUGGGUGGAGGGGAUGGGGGAGAGGGAGGGGAAAGUUGGGCGAGCCGAGAGUGGGGGAGGGAAAGAGAAGGAGGGGCAGGAUGGUAGCGGAAAGAAUAUUCAGGGGAGAAAGAGGAGGGAAGGAGAGGAGAGGAGGCGUGAUGGUGAGGUGUCAGCGAGAGGAGAUGAAGGGGAGGUUGAGUUGGGUUCGGAUGGGUCAAGUGAGGGGAGGAAGGGAAGGAAGAGAAGAAGAGGGGGGAAGGAGAGAAGGGACAGUGGUGGUGGGAAGCAUGGUUCGAGAACAGAGUGCCAGGAGGAGCGAGAGAUGGUGGGAGUGGAGAGGGAGGAAGAGAAUGGGGAUGAGGAGGAGGAUGGGGCGGAGAGAGGAGAGGAAAAUGGAGAGGAGGAGGGAGAGGGGGAUCGAGAGGGAAGUGGAGAGGAGGGUGAGGAGGAGGGAGAGGAGGAGAGCAACGAAGAAGAGGUGGCAGCAUCCCGUCGGCUACUUGAGCUACCAACUGUGCGAGCCCUACUCGGAACAGUGCUGCGAGCACGUGAUAUCAUGAAUGGGGAUUUGAAUAGGGCUGAGAUGUACGGGGGGGCGCGUGAUGUGGUGGCGAGUAGCAGAGCGGUGAAGGGCGCGUGGACAGUGGUGGAUGAGUUGAGGGCUGCACGGGCGAUGGAGAUGGAGGAGAGUGUGAUGGGGGGAGCGGUGUGGCUGGGUGAGCGGUGCUUGUGUGGGAGGGAGUGGGAAGUAGAGGAGGCGUGCAGAUUGUGA